AACAGAGAGCAAUCGUUGGGUUCAAACAGAAUCAGUCUUUUUUUUUUUUGGUCUGCACACAGAAUCAGUCUAUGCAGCUUUUAUUGGGGUGGUGGUUUCUCAGAUGUCCUCUCUCUCUCUCUCUGUCUCUCUGUCUCUCUGUCUCUCUCCUAAAAACCACUUUCCAAUUCCCUCACUCCAAAACCCCUCUCUUAUCUCCUAAAUUCAGUCCACCGAAAACCUAACUUUCCACUGUUGAACUUUUCACCGUCUUCUAUACAUUUUUUAUUUUAAUUUUUUUCCGUUAUUGCGGAUCCUACUUCUGUGCUCUAGAGAUGGACAUUGUGCAAAAGCUAGAAGAGAUCAUCGAUCAUUUCGUGAAGCAAGCCUCGUCUCUCGAAGGCUCUGCCCUCGGCUCCCUCGUCGCCGAAGCCACCUCGCACCCUUCUCUCUUCGCCUUCUCUGAGAUUCUCGCCGUUCCUAAUGUUCUUCAGCUUGAAGGAACAGAGACUUCUGUGAACCUUGAUGUGCUUCGCUUGUUUUCACAAGGAACAUGGAGUGACUACAAGAGUGAGCGUGCAAAACUUGCUUCAUCUUUUGUGAAUCUCUAGCUGUUGGUUUGAUUGCUUUGGCCUUCUUGCACCAAAUCGAUUCAUGUUUCUUUUCUGCUUCUAUGUCUGAUACAAUAUCAAACGCCCUAAACUCUAAAUGUUAAAAACUAACUUACACCCCAA